CUACGUUCCACAUCGUUCGCGAACGUUCCAUCAGUAGUGUCUGCACGCCAUUGUCAAGAAUACUUCACAGUGUCUUAUUUUGUUUCUUUGAGACAGUUUUCACAUUCGAGGGUUUUUUAAAACAAUAAUACGUACAGAAGAGAUAAUGGCUUCAGACUCCUGGGCCCAGGCAGUAGACGAGCAAGAGGCUGCGGCGGAAUCGAUGGGCAACCUUCAAAUAAAAGAAAAGCCUGGGGAAAAUGGCACAUCUUUACUAUCAGCAGACAGUGCAGCUGCAAAGUCAGAGGCUGGAGGUGAUAAGAAGACUGCAGAUGACGAUGAAAAUGAGGACAAAGCGGCCCAAUCGCUGUUGAACAAGCUGAUCCGGAGUAAUCUUGUCAACAACACUAAUCAAGUAGAAGUGCUUCAAAAGGAUCCUAACUCUCCCCUGUUCUCUGUCAAGUCAUUUGAGGAGUUACGACUCAAACCACAGCUCCUUCAAGGUGUCUAUGGCAUGGGUUUCAACCGGCCAUCCAAAAUCCAGGAGACUGCCUUACCCAUGAUGCUAGCUGAACCUCCACAGAAUCUGAUUGCCCAGUCCCAGUCGGGAACAGGAAAAACAGCUGCCUUUGUCCUCGCCAUGCUCAGCCAUGUUAAUCCUGACUACAAGUAUCCCCAGUGCCUGUGUUUGUCACCCACCUAUGAACUGGCGCUUCAGACUGGCAAAGUCAUUGAGCAGAUGGGCAAACACUAUCCGGAGGUGAAGUUAGUCUAUGCCAUCCGAGGAAAUAAACUGCAGCGAGGCAUGAAGCUGCAGGAACAGAUCGUCAUUGGCACACCUGGUACUAUGUUGGAUUGGUGCAGCAAGUUGAAGUUCAUAGAUCCCAAGAAGAUUCGUGUGUUUGUGCUGGAUGAGGCUGAUGUCAUGAUCGCAACGCAGGGUCACAAAGACCACAGUAUCCGCAUCAAGAGGAUGCUGCCCAAUAACUGCCAGAUGUUGUUGUUCUCAGCCACAUUUGAGGAGACAGUGUGGGACUUCGCCAAAAGCAUCGUGCCUGACCCCAACAUCAUCAAACUGAAGAGAGAGGAGGAGACACUGGAUACUAUCAAACAGUACUAUGUGUUAUGUAACAGCAAGGAGGAGAAGUUUGAAGCCCUGUGUAACAUUUACGGCGCCAUCACCAUCGCCCAGGCCAUGAUCUUCUGCCACACAAGGAAGACUGCUGGGUGGCUGGCAGGGGAACUUUCCAGAGAGAACCACCAGGUGGCGCUGCUUAGCGGGGAGAUGCAGGUGGAGCAGAGGGCUGCAGUCAUUGAACGAUUCAGAGAUGGAAAGGAGAAGGUCCUUGUCACUACAAAUGUCUGUGCUAGAGGAAUUGAUGUCGAGCAGGUAUCCGUGGUGAUCAAUUUUGACUUGCCAGUCGACAGAGAUGGCAACCCAGACAACGAGACGUAUCUGCACAGGAUUGGCCGCACAGGCCGAUUCGGCAAAAGAGGGCUGGCCAUCAACAUGGUGGACAGCAGGAUGAGUAUGAAUAUCCUCAACAGGAUCCAAGAGCAUUUUAAUAAGAAAAUUGAGAAGCUAGACACACACGACCUGGAUGAAAUAGAGAAAAUCGCCAGCUAAAUUAAAAAAAAAAAAAACAAGUGGCUGCUGACAGGACUUCUUCUGUGCUCUCCAAAGACUGUAUGCUUCUCUACAUUUUAAGUUUUUAUUGUUGCUUUUUUUUUUUUAAGCUGUCAGGAAAAAAAAAACAAGGAAA